AUGAGUCUUUCAUAUAGUAUGUGGCCAGUUAUUGUAGUUCCAUACAACUUACCACCUUGGAAGUGCAUGAAACCAGAGUCAAUGAUGUUAUCUCUUUUAAUACCUGGUCCUAAUGCACCUGGAAAAGACAUGGAUAUCUUUUUGAGGCCUCUUGUAGAUGAGUGGAAGGAGUUAUGGAAAAAUGGCGUACUUACUCGAGAUGUAAUAGAUGACUCUAUAUUCCGAAUGCGUGCUGCAGUAAUUUGGACUAUUAAUGAUUACCCUGCAUAUGCUUUAAUGUCUGGAUGGAGUACUAAAGGGUAUAAAGCUUGUCCAACAUGCAAUGAAGAAACCCCGUCUGUUGGAAUAAGGAGUAAGGUAGCUUACAUUGGGCAUAGGCGUUUCCUUCCAAUGAAUGAUCCGAUGAGAACAAGUAAACACUUUGAUGGAAAACCAGAAUUUAGGCCACCACCUACACUAUAUUCUAGCGAUGUGAUCUUGAGACAAUUAGAAAAACUACAGACAAAGUUGCCCGGAAAGCACAAGAUGUAUGGAGGUGUUAAACACAAUCGUUCACUUGCUGAACUUAAUUGGGCUAAAAAAAGUAUCUUUUUUGAGCUUGAUUAUUGGCCACAUCUAUCAUUGAGACAUAACCUAGAUGUAAUGCAUAUUGAAAAAAAUGUGUGUGAUAGUGUUUUGGGGACUCUUUUAAGCAUUGAUGGAAAAUCUAAAGAUAGAGAUAAAGCGAGACUUGAUCUUUUAGAUAUGAAUAUUCGAAAAGAGUUGCAUCUUUAUAAAGUGGGUAAUAAGUGGAAGAAACCUCGAGCUCCUUACACACUCAGUGUUGAUGAUAGACAUAAAUUUUGCCAGUUUAUAAAAUCAGUCAGAUUUCCAGAUGGAUUUGCAGCUAAUUUAUCAAAGAAUGUGAAUGAAAAAGAGGAUAGGAUAUCUGGUCUUAAAUCACACGAUUGUCAUAUCUUAUUUCAAAGAUUGUUAUCUGCUGGCAUUCGACCAUAUUUGAAGAAGGAGAUUCGUGAGGCGAUAACUGAAUUUUGUAAUUUUUUUCAACAACUCUGUGCAAGGACUUUGAAUGUUGGCGACCUUGAAAAACUUCAAGAGAACAUAGUAAUCAUUCUUUGCAAGUUGGAAAAAAUAUUUCCUCCAGCUUUCUUUGAUAUAAUGGUCCAUUUGGCUUUGCAUUUGCCACGAGAGGCAAUUCUUGGUGGACCUGUGCAUAUGCGAUGGAUGUACCCUUUUGAAAGAGCUGUGUCUGUUUACAAGAAAUAUGUAAGAAAUCGGGCACGUCCCGAGGGUUCUAUAGCUGAAGCUUAUAUUGUGAAUGAAGCCCUAACAUUUUGCUCCAUGUAUUUUCGUGACAUUGAAACUCGAUUCAACCGACCAGAUAGGAAUCAAGACGGAGUUGUAAAACAAUCAUAUAACCAACUCUCUGUUUUUAAGCACGUGGGUCGUGCAUUUGGAAAGCAAGAGGUUAUAGUUUUAAAACCUACUAAACGUAAAAAAGCUGAAUGGUACAUCUUGAAUAAUUGCCCAGAAAUUCGCAAGUAUAUUGAUGAACACAUGGAACAACUAAAGGCUCGAGGGAAUCAUAAUUUGGAUCAAAAACAGGAAAUUGAGUUUCCUCAGUGGUUUAGAAAUCGGAUCAAUCAAUUACGAAAGAGUGGAUCAAAGGAGGUGUCAGAUGAAAUAUAUGCCAUAGCAAAUAGAUCAUAUUCCUCUGCAUAUUCAUAUCCCGAGUGUAUCAUUCAUGGUGUGAGGUUUGUUGCUGAGAAACAAGAUAUUAACCACAAAACACAAAAUAGUGGCAUUUGUGUUCCUGGGAUAGGCGGGACUAACUUUUAUGGAGUCCUUGAAGAUAUUAUUGAGAUGUCAUAUCUAAGAGGAUAUAAUGUACUAUUAUUUAAGUGUAAAUGGUAUGACACUAGAAAUAGAAAUAUCCAAGAAGAUGGAAAUUUUACUAGUGUGUUUGUUCGUGAUCUAUGGUGUCAAGACGAUCCAUUUAUACUUGCAUCACAAGCACAAAUGGUAUUUUAUACUAAUGAUGAUAAGAAUGAAUCUAAUUGGAGACUUGCACACAAAGUCACGCUUGAUAAUAUGCAAUUUCAUCCUUACGAUGAUGCCGAAGCAGAAGAUGUCAACGCUAAUGUAGAUGAACUACUUCAAGUAAGGGUGAAUAAUGAGGUUUUAGUUGAUGAUGGUGAUUUUGAAGAUGAUACACUUGGAGAAUAUGAAGACGAGGAAAGUCAUCUAGAAGAUGAUGAUGAUACAUCUGAUUAUGAAUAA